GAAGACAUUCUGACCCCCAUCACCCUGCGACUCAACUACACCCUGACAGGGGAGCCCAUCGCUGCCACCGGCUCCAUCAGACCCAUCCUGAGCAAAGACUCUGUGCUGGUGUCUGCAGGCUUACUCCCGUUUCAGAAGGACUGUGGCACGGAUGGCCGCUGCGAUGACCUGUUAGAGUCUCCUUCAAUUUCUCUGGCUUGAGUACCCUGGCAGUGGGCAUCAGCCCUGAACUCAACAUCUCCGUCUCCAUCCAGAACCGCGCGGAGAAUUCCUACGGCACCACAGUGCGGUUCUUCUACCCCACCAUGCUGUCCUAUCGCCAGGUCCUGCUGCUCCAGUCCAACAGGAGGGCCGUGGCCAUUAAGUGCAGCUUGGCGGUGGGCUCGGAGGAACAAUCUCAAAGGAACAGCACCUGCCACGUCAACCACCCCAUCUUCUGGAGCGGGCCCCAGGCCGUCUUCGUCGCCACCUUCGAUGUCUCCUCUGAGGUCGACCUGGGGGACAGGCUGCCGAUCACGGCCAAUGCCAGCAGGUGAGGGGGCCGUGUAGGG